AUGAAAGACUCCCUAGCCAUAGAUUACUCCACCUAUACAGACCUCCUGCUGCUAGAAAAAGAGCUUCUUAGCCAGUACCAGCUGCUUGCGGUCAAACUAAACAAACUUUCCGAUGAAAUCGCCAGUCUAAACAAACAGAAACCCGCUCUGGACUCUGGAGCCACCGUUCCAGCAGAUGCCCUUCUAGGCAACAUGAGGAACUUGGAAAGGAAAAUAGGCCUUGUUUAUACGUUGUUCAAGACGGCAGUGUACCUGAUGCAGUUGCGUAAUCAGGAAUUGGAGGAGUUGGAGAGAGAGAAGCCUGAAGAGUUGCAUAGUGAAGAGGAGGCGUAA